GGACGAUGCAGGGACUUGCCUCCCCAUGCCGUACGACUGUGACGAGCAUCAGUAGGUGAUGACGUGUGCACUUUGUCUGGCUGGCCAUGUCAAAAUCACGCGCGCGCGCCUCGCCCUAAAAUCGGCAAUUCAAAGGGAGACGGGCUCGAGCGCAAGCGGGUGCGAGCGUAUGUUGCGUAGUGGAGCAACAAGUCCUCGCUCGGUGCUCAGAGCGAUCCCUACACGAGCCGGUCUGGCUAUCGCGACAGAAAGCUCGACUUCAGGAAAGAAAAGAGCCAGCUGGGCGGACCAGUACAAGGCCUUUUCUUCAGCCGCAAGGAGGAUGUUCGCCGUCACUCCAUACAAGCAGGAUCAGGUCAAGACCUUUGCACACCAAAAGACGCUACCGAGACUGCCUGUGCCUGCGCUCGAAAGCUCCCUGAGCAAAUAUGUCAAGUCCCUGCGACCGCUCCUGCUCGAACAAGCAAGACAACAAGGUCACGAUGAGGCUUGGGUUGAGGCAGAGAUGACCAAACGCGAGGACAUCGCAAAGGACUUCCUUCAGACCCGCCGACACCUUCAGCAACGCCUCAUAGACAUCGAUAGAGCGACGCCGUCCAAUUGGCUAGACGAUCACUUUUGGAUCAGGGUAGCCUACCACUCCUGGCGCGUUCCGCUGCCUGUCAACUCGAACUGGUGGAUCUUGAUGGCACACGACCAAGACGUGCCCAAAGCGAUCACGGACGGACGCCCGCUCGAUGGGGAGUUCACAGACUGGCAGGUCAAGCGUGCAGCAGGUCUCACUUGGCGACUGAUCGAUUUCAAACGCCGCCUAGACACGGAGGAGAUCCUGCCAGAUGGCUCUAGAGCAGGUCCGUUCGACAUGCACCAAUACACUCGAAUCUAUGGCGUCAAUCGCGUGCCUCGCAAACCGUUUGACUUGCUCACCCAUGCACCCCAUCCUCAUCCUGCACGACACAUCUUGCUCAUCAUCCGAGAUCAGUUCUAUCGGGUCGAUGUCAUUGACGAAGCAGGUCGUUACAAAUCACAAGACGAAAUAGAAUCUGCAUAUUGGGGCGCUGUUGCCGAUGUCAAAUCUCGCUCGGGCGCGGAUCUCGAUGCACCCGUCGGUCUUCUGACCGGCAACGGUAGAGACACAUGGACAGAUUCCCGGGAACGCCUGCUGGCCGUCGCGCCCGAGAACCGUCAGGCCAUGUCGCUCACGGAAGAUGCGCUCAUCACCGUCGCACUCGACGACUGGACACGCGUGCAUGACAGUCCAUACCCUUCCUCGCUAUCAUCCGAGCUGAAGCAGAGCACUACCGGCGAUGUCAUCGAUCGCUCGCUCGAUCUCGAUUCGCACGUUCUCAACUCCUGCGCCGGUCGACAAGGGCACAAUAGAUGGUUCGACAAGGCCGUCGGGAUCAACGUCGAGAGUAAUUCGCGAGCUACAAUGAUGGGCGAGCACUCGCCCUGCGAUGCUCUGAUCCCUUCGAUCGUUUGCGAUUAUGCGCUCGCUGAGGGCUGCGGGAAAGAGUCUGCGCCUGCAAAGCCGUCUAGCGACUUUGCGAGGAUCCGAUGGAAGACUGACGAAGGGACGCUAGCUGAUAUCAAGGCUGCGGAAGCCGUCGUCGAUGGUCUGGUCAAAGAUAGCGAUGGACAGAUGCUCUGGUUCGACGAGUAUGGUGUCGACUGGAUCAAGAAGUCUGCCAAGCAGUCUCCCGACGCGUAUUUACAGCAAGCGCUCCAGCUUGCAUGGUUCAAAGAUCAAGGGAAAGCAACGGCGACGUAUGAGACCGCAUCCACACGACUGUUCCUGCAUGGACGCACAGAUGUUAUUCGCAGCUUCAGUGAAGACAGCUGGCGUUGGGUGCAAGCCAUGACAUCUGGCAAAUCAGACUCAAAGACGCUGUACGAUCUGCUGACCAAGGCCACUCAAUACCACAAUCAAUUCACGCGCGAAUCCUCGAUGGGCAAAGGAUUCGAUCGACACUUGCUCGGUCUCAAGCUCGUCUUGCAGCCUGGCGAAUCGCAUCCGCUCUUCGAAGACGAGCUGUUCAGUCUUUCGCAAGAAUGGAAGCUCAGCACGAGCGGACUGAGCGCGGGUGAUCGCUUCUUCGGCACAGGGUUCGGCACCGUCUGGCCCGAUGGCUAUGGCAUCAACUAUCUUGCUGGCAAUAAGAUCAUCAAAUUCGGCAUUGAAUCCAAGAAGAGCUGCCCCACAACGUCGACGCACAAGUUCAGAACCGCUCUGGCUGAAGCUCUGCGAGAGAUGCGUGCUGUGUGCGAAGAAGCUGCGCCUGCUAGCACACCUCCCAAGCUGUGAUCUUCUCAUUGCAGUCGUGCUACAACACACAGUCCGUCACGGGUUCAAUCUUACUGAGGCGCCUUGCCUGCUGCUCGUUCCCGUUGCUGCUCGAGGUGUGAAUAAA